AACCCUAGAUUGCAACUAAUGGAUCCCUUCUCAGAAACCUGCUAUAACAACCUCCACCACCAAGAUCAUAGUUUCGCCACGGUGGAAUCCGGCUCAUCUUCCACCAACUUUCCGGCGACUGCCGCCACAACCCCUAGCCGCUACGAGAACCAGAAACGCCGAGACUGGAACACGUUCUGCCAGUACCUGAAAAACCACCAUCCACCACUUUUCAUCUCACAAUGCAGUGGGGCCAACGUGCUUGAAUUCCUUUGUUACAUCGACCAAUUUGGAAAGACUAAGGUUCACAACCUCGUAUGUCCAUUUUACGGACAUCCAAACCCACCUGCACCUUGUCCGUGUCCACUUCGACAAGCUUGGGGAAGUUUGGAUGCCCUAAUUGGCCGUCUUAGGGCGGCUUACGAGGAGAACGGUGGAUCACCGGAGACGAACCCGUUUGGGGUUCGAUCCGUGCGGCUUUAUCUUCGAGAGGUUCGUGAUGUACAAUCGAAAGCAAGAGGGAUUAGCUACGAGAAGAAGAAGAAACGAAAACGGUUGGCACAUCAAGCUGAUGAUCGUCAUGAUCAUGAGACUUGA